AUGCAAAAUCAAGAUAUCGAAGUUGAUAAUCGUUGGGUAGUUCCAUACUCACCACUAUUGUCGAAAAUAUUUAAGGCACACAUUAACGUUGAGAAUUGCAAUUCGGUCAAAUCGAUCAAAUACAUUUGCAAGUAUGUCAACAAAGGCAGUGAUAUGGCUGUUUUCGGAGUAGCUGCUGACAAUAGUCAUGAUGAAAUGGCUCAAUAUCAAAUAGGCCGCUACAUCAGCACUAAUGAGACUCUUUGGAGAAUUUAUUCAUAUCCGAUGCAUGAACGGUUUUCUGCUGUUGUUCAUUUGGCAGUUCAUCUUAAAAAUGGCCAACGUGUAUAUUUUACCAAUGAAAAUAUUCAAGAGAAAGUGGCACGUCCAUCAGCAACAACAUUAACCACAUUUUUUCAAUUGUGCGCAAGUGAUGAAUUUGCCAGAACUUUGCUGUAUUCAGAUGUAACGCAUUAUUACACUUGGACUGCACAAAAAACAUGGCAACGGCGUAAAAAGAGAACAGCAGUUGAUGGCCAUCCAGGUCUUUUCUAUGCACAAACUAUGGGAAGAAUACACAGUUCAUCCAAAUAUGGUAGAAUGUUAUUAUUUGCGGCUGUUGUUAGUGAAUGUUGUGGGGCCGCGUUCAUUUGA